GGAUCGUAUCACUUCGGCCUUCUUCUCCCAUCUUUCUCCGACACACCCAUCCCUGUCCCUCUCCCAAGCGUCAGCUGUACAUGGCAGACGGAGCAGGGUCUUCGGCAGGUAGCAGCGAUGCCCUAGGUCUGCUCAGUGCUGCAUUGAAUGCUGCCGACUCUACCGCGGAAGCACACAACCUCCGACUUUUGUACGACCUCUUCCGACAGCAGCCAGGCAAUCUGCCAAUCUUGCUGCCCAGCCUUGUGUCCCUCGUGCCAAGAUCAAGUCCUACUGUCAAGAGAUGGGUAGCAGAUGUCCUUGAUCUAGCCUUCUGCCGGCCUACGCUCAGCUCGGAAGGUCGAAGUGCUUUAUCCGUACACACUCCCGAUGCGUUGCUGGUCUUUCUUCGCGAUCCCCAACAACAAGAGGCUAAGAUCGCCAUACAAGUCUUCGCUUCCGUAUAUGCAUUUCUGUUCAGGCACUGCUGCAAUGACCCGUCCUCGCUGCGCGUCUGGCAGUCCAUCGAGCAGAUCAAAGAUGCGAUCUCGCAGCUAUUCGAAAGUGGACAUACCGGCAUUCGCGUUGCUUCGAUCAAAGCUUUUCAAAAGAUAAUACAGGUGCAAUCCAAAGGUGGCAACCCGACAAGCAAGAACGACUACAACCUGAGGAUUGUCCCGCCCGGGCAUCGCUUUCUCAACGUACCUGCCCUAGAGGCUGAGGCUAACAGGCUGCUCACGCAGGUAGUGACGUUGGCAUUCACUAGCAACAAUGUCGAUGUGGUCAUGGCGUGCUUCAAUACCCUAUACGUCUUUCCCAAGCAAGGCCGAGGCUUUACUCAGAUCAUCUUGGAAGCUUUUACUAGCUGGACGCCAGCAGCUCUAGCUGGGCAAUCUCAUGUUCAGAUUCGCAAUGUAGAGAAAACGUUGAGACUGGUCCUCAUACACUACCAUAGGAUGGGCAUGGCAGAGCAUGCCUUGAGAAUUCGAGGCGCUCUAGAAGCGCAGGGUGCUCGAAUGGAAGCGGCUGCCGACGCCGAAGACGAGAGAAGAGCGGCAGAGGCGAAGCGUAAGAGGGAUAAUCUGGACGAAGAAAUCUCACAGGCUGACAAGCGCCAGAGAGUGCGGGAAGCUCCACAGGAUCCGGCCGCGAUAGACAUCUAUUCGACGUCAGCUGCUGUCGCUGGACCCUCAAGCGUGCCAGAUCAGAGCAAACCACCAUCUCUGAGUGGCAUUGAAGGGGCUCAAGCCUUUGUCAAGGCAGCUACAACUGUCGCCGGACCGAAUGCUUUGGCUGCUUUCGAUGUCAAAUCUCUUCCCCUGCUCUUGGUGGUCGAACUGAUUCUGGCGAACCUGCAAGCCGCUCCUGACGAAGAACUCCACAGAACCAUUGAGAGCACAAGGCAACAGCUCAACCAAGAUACAUCAUCUGGUACAGCACCGCCACCGCCAGCUUCGGUACCCACUGCCAAGCCUGCCCCUCCACCACAGGGCCAGGAUGCUAAAGAUGUGGAAGUCGUACAAGCACCAAGAAACCCGCUCAAAGAAGACAUAGAGGACGAAGAUCUGCGUAGGCUGGCAAAGACAGGCGACGCCUCUACGGAGCAUGCGCGGGAAGGGGCGCUAGCCGAUGCUGAUGGCGAAGACAUUCAUGAUGCCCUGGCUGGACUUGAAGAUUUCCAAUUGGCGCCGCCUGAGCCUUUCAGUCAGACCGAGGCUCGCGCGCUGAUAAAAGAGUCAGUUGCAAGGAUGUGCGACAUGGGUGCUCAAGCUGCAGCUUUUAGUGCAGAGCUGGGUGACAGCGUGCCUUCGCACACACUCUGGGCAACACUUGCCACACGGCUGGCCAGCAGAGGCUUUGCAGGAAGCGAUACGGAGAGGCCGGGAACGGAUGACGACGCCGCAAGCAGUCAACAAGUCGUGAAAGCUGACAGAAACUCUCUGGAGGGCCAGGCAGACGUUAUACGUCAUAUGCUCCUCGAAUUCCUCAAGGUCAACUUUGCGAAGAGGGCUCCCUUCGCAGUUCAGUGGCUGACAGAAGAGUGGUAUUGUGACUUGCAGCGUAAGAAGAAAGGCAAAGAACUUCGUUAUGCCCAUUGGCUCCGGCAAGUCGUGGCGAAUGCUUUGCUCUCAAUCGACAGCAAAGACAAGUCUUUGUUCUCCUUCCUCGCCGAGCUGCCUAGUAUACCCGACGGAGUCAUAGAGCAGAUCGGCGCUCUUUGUCACGACAAGUCAACAAUGGCAGUCGGCUUUACUAGUCUCAAAGAUCUGGCCCUGGCAAGACCGCCAAGUCGCGCCAAGUCGGUCGAGAUCCUUCUCGAUCUCGCCCGCAGCGAAGAGAAGGGCCUGCGAGCACCGGCAAUCAUAUCCGUUCGGGGAUGGGUUGGUCAGGGCGGCCCAUUGGAGAAGAUCGUAUUGGACUCAGCAAUUGCUUCACUGCAGCGGCUGACCGUACAUAGCGACAAGGCUAGUGCGGGCGCUCAGGAGACUAAGCCUGACGCUAAUGGUAGCCAGUUGGACCUACAGAAGGGACAGGACCCAAUCAAGGACCAUAGCUUCCAACUUUCAGACGAAAGCCAAGUGCUGCAAUUUGUAGAGCUGCCUUUCGCCCUGAGCGUAAAGAUGCCAGACAUGCUCGACAACGUCUUCUCCAUCUAUCCGUCAAUGCCUGCGGAAGUGCAGAAGGCCGUACGACAGCACAUUGCCGCUCUCAUUCGCUCCUUGGGUCCCAACAAUCCAAAGUUGCUGCAGUUGCUGAGGUCGUUCCCUGCUGGCUCGGAUACAUUAGCUCUUAGCGUCUUUACGGUUAUGGCUGAGAAAGGAAGAACGCAGGCACUCGUCUCGGCCGUGAAAGAGGUGAUCAACGAACGGGAGGUUGAUCCGCACUUCUUGAUUCCGAUGCUGCCGACUCUGACCAAGGCCGAGAUCAUGAAGCAUCUUCCACGCGCAGUCACCAUCCUAAACAGCAAGACGGCAGAAGAUCGUGAGCAACUCAAGUCCCUCUUUGCCUCCAUUGUCACGAAGCCGGCCCAAGGCUUUGGUAGUGUGUCGACCAACUUGCCGCGUGUGCGAGACUCGGAGAUGCUCACUCCCGUGGAAUUGAUGGGCCUCCUACACUCUGCGGAGAAAGAGAUCGGCUUGAAGACGACGGUAGAUGCUAUCCGUAUCUGCUUCUCUAUGGCAGACAUCUUCCGCUCGGAAGUCUUGGCGGCGGCUCUGAAUCAGCUCAUCGAGGAGCAAGAUCUGCCGGUCCUGUUCAUGAGGACGACGAUCAUGGCUGUCUCUAGCUACAAGUCUCUGGCUGGGUAUGUGAGCAGCAACUUGCUCUCUCGACUGAUCGUCAAGAAGAUCUGGCAGAACAAGCUGCUCUGGGACGGAUUCAUCUUGUGCGUGGAGCAGACUGCUCCUGGAUCUUUCGCUGCCUUGCUGCAACUGCCGCAAGAGCAGUUGGUGGACGUGAUUCAGCGUAAACCAGCUCUAAAGGAUGGACUGCGGGCGCAUUUGGAAAAAAAGGUUGGUAACAACAAGACGAAGCUGGCUGCGUAUAUGGAGUUAUUGGACGGUGCUGGGGGACCGGGAGGGUCGGCUACUCCGGUCUCUACGCCGGGUACACCUCAACAUGCUUCCGCUACUUCGUAGGCAGGUGUGGUAGUGACGAGAGGCGCCCGCAAGCGGGCGCGGGAAGCGGGAUGUAAUGCAAUGCAUGUACUAGUACUUUUUCAAACUCAAACAGGAGGCUUGUGCAGCAAUCGACCAAUGUGAACAUGAAA